CUCUUCCGUUUCCUCAGAAUCCCCUUUGGGCCUCUAGUCCCAGCUCCUUGUUUAUGGCCUGUCUCUUUCCCUUCCUCUCUUCUUCGGCACUGGGCACUUCUUUCUCUGGGACUGAUGGUCCCACCUGAGCUGGUCUCUUCCACCUGUCCAGAUGUUUCUGUUUUGAACUGCCGGAGGUGCUGCAGAUGAACUCAGCUCUCCCAACUCUUUUUGUAAUGCAGGAUGAAAAAACAGGAAACUGUGGAACCGCUUUUCAGCUUUACGAGCUUGAAGAAUUGUAUGUUUGUUUUUGGGUGUUUGAUUCUGCCCUUCCUCCUCUGAAAGGUCACACUGAUGGUUUUCAGGAGAAGUAAACAGUCAACCCGGACACAUCAGCGAGGGACUGAUACUUGAUCCGCCCCUGAGCCCUGCCGUCGCGGUGAAGGACUGAGAGAUUCAGCCCAAUAAGGAGGCUGUUGACGGACGCUCUCAGGGCCCUGCCCAGGACUCAAGUCAUCGGGAACGAGCUCAUUUUCCCUGCAGCAUUCGAAGCAGAGAGUGAUUCUGCCCUCUUGCCAGGUUUAGAUGGCAAUGGAUCUGCCGCCUCUUUCAGAAGAAGAUGGGAGUGGCCCAGGUUCCAAAAUGACCCUGAAGAAGUACUUUGUGAAGGCGCUGCAUCGCCUCCAGAAGGGCCCUGGCUACACCUACCGGGAGCUCCUGGUCUGGUACUGCGACAACACCAACACCCACGGACCGAAGCGCAUCAUCCGCGAAGGCCCCAAGAAGAAGGCCGUCUGGUUCUUCCUGACGCUGCUCUUUGCCUCCCUGGUGGUCUGGCAGUGGGGAAUCCUCGUCAGAUCCUACCUCUCCUACAACGUCACGGCCUCCUUGGCCAUUGGCUUCAAGAGCAUGACCUUCCCGGCCGUCACCAUCUGCAGUGCCAGCCCUUUCAAGUAUUCAAAGGUGAAGAACCGCCUGAAGGACGUGGACAGCCUCACCCAAGCGGCCCUUGAGAGGCUCCUGCUGUCUGGCCCACAGAACGGGACUGCAGCCCCCCCAGCCAAUGCCACCGAGAACCUGAACUUGGACCUGUGGAGGAAAAUGCCCUUGGUGGUGAUCGCGGAGAGCGAAGGGGCUGACCCAGUUGUCAUUGACAUUCUGGGGAACAGCUCAAGUGUUUCUGGAGGGCUCCCCAACUUCUCCUCUGCUACCACUUCAGAUGCAUCCAAGUUCAAGCUGGCUGUAAAACUGUGCAGUAAGAACGGCACCAGAUGUGCCUAUCGGAAUUUCACCAGCGCAGCUCAGGCAGUGACCGAGUGGUACGUCUUGCAGUCAACAAGCAUCUUCUCCCGAAUGUCCAUGAAAGAAAAGGAGGAGGCGGGCUACCAGCGGAACGACAUGAUCCUGGCGUGUCUGUACGGGGCACGGCCCUGCAAUUUCAGUAGAAACUUCUCACAGCUCUACCACCCAGACCAUGGCAACUGUUACAUCUUCAACUGGGGCAUGGAGGAGAAGCCGCUCAUCUCCUCCAAUCCGGGGGCAGAGUUUGGACUGAAGCUCAUCCUGGACAUCAACCAGACAGAUUACCUCCCCUUCCUCACCUCGACUGCUGGGGCCCGGCUGAUGCUGCACGAGCAGAAGAGCUUCCCGUUCCUCAAAGACGAGGGCAUCUUUGCCAUGGCUGGGACCGAGACCUCCAUUGGGGUGAUGGUGGAUGAACUCAAACGCCUGGAGUAUCCGUACAAUGACUGCACGGUCAAUGGGUCUGACAUAGAUGUGCAGAACCUCUAUGAAAACUACCUGGAAGUUCAGGCCGUGCAGGAGGAAGUGAAGUCCUGUGCCAACUGCACGUCAAAUGGAACUGAGGGGAGUUCUGCCAAAAGCCAGUUCAGAACGAUGUAUUCCAUCCAGGCAUGCCUGCGUUCCUGCUUCCAACGACAGAUGGUGGACAUAUGCCAGUGUGCCCAUGCUGCCUUCCCUCGGCCCACGAGAGCAGACUAUUGCAACAAUGACGACUAUCCAGAUUGGGCAUAUUGCUAUUCCACCUUGCGUGGGAGCCUGGAGCACCGGCAGUAUUGUAUUGAGUCUUGCAAGGAGACCUGCAACAACACCCAGUACAAAAUGACCAUCUCCAUGGCUGACUGGCCGUCUGAAGCUUCUGAGGACUGGAUUUUCAGAAUUCUGUCGUACGAAAGGGAUAAGUCAGAAACCAUCACUCUAAACAGAAGCGGAAUCAUCAAGCUGAACAUCUAUUUUCAAGAGUACAACUACCGAACCAUCUCAGAGGCAGCAUCUACAACAAUUGUCUGGCUCCUUUCGAGCCUGGGAGGACAGUUUGGCUUCUGGAUGGGGGGCUCCGUCCUGUGCCUCAUAGAGUUUGGAGAGAUCAUCAUUGACUUCCUGUGGAUCACCAUCCUGAAGCUCAUUGGCUGGUGCAAAGGAGUGAAGCAGAGGCGGGCGGAGGCCCCGGGCCCCGAGACGGCCCUUCCAACGGUGGGGCGGAGGGUGGAGGGCCACACUAACCGGGCCUUCCAGGAAGAGGGGGCUGCUGAGAACCCGGAGGAAGAGGAGGAGGAAGAGGAGGCGUGUGAACCAGGCACCCCUCCCCCCAACUAUGACUCCCUCCGCGUCUCCCCUCCAGAUGUUGGGGACCUGGACAGUGAUGGGGAGGCAUCCAUAUCAGAACAACAAAGAGCCUAAAAGGCUUUUGCCUCUGGGAAGCGGCACCCAAAAGACGGGGCAUCCAUGCAGCUUUCUGGGGACUCCCAUCCACACUCUCUCUGUCUCCGCUCAGGAGGGCAGCAUCCUUGGCUGCAGCGGGUGUGUUCGUGCGGCAGGAGUUUGAGGGGCGCUGCUCUCGUCAUGCCCCUGGCUCCCUGAGACGCAGCCCAAAGGUGGACGGGAGACUUUGGGAAGCUUGGGGUGGUGUGCGUUAGCAGGGUGGACCAGGGGGCAGAGGCAAAGCUUUGGUGGCCUGAUACAAAAAGGGUGUGUGUGUGUGUGUGUGUGUGGAGGGAGGGGAGCACCCUUCACCAGCGAGCAGCAGCAGGAUCCAACAGCACCCGGAGCUGGCCAAGGGGCUCUCAUGCUGGGCUAGCAGCAAAGGGCUGGAUCCAGUCGGAGCCUGUGCUCAGUGCUCCCCCGCGCACACGCACACACACGCACACCCCGCGCAGGAAAAGAGUCCCUGUAUUAAUGUGUGUUGGGAAAAGCAGCGGCACAUCACAGGCUAAUAAAGAUGCUGGCUGGUCACAGCACUCCCCCGAGA